AUGUAUAGCGGCCGAUUUCCCCUCCUCCUACUCAGUCUAGGGUUUCUCCUGGUGCAACUCUUACAUGGUAAGUCAUGCAGUCAUCUUUCCUUCCUCCUAGUACUCAGCCUGGGACGCCUCCUGGUGCAACUCUUACAUGGUGUUCUUGGAAUAUCUGUCAAAAAUAGCGUUAGUAAUUCACGUCCAAUCCUCGGCGAAACGACAACGCUGAAUUGUAACAUUGUUGAUGGGACCGCCAGGAGUGUUACAUGGUACAAGGACAAAUAUGGCCCGCCAAAAACAGUUUAUUUGACGCAAAAUUGUAGUGUUGUCGCAGUCAAGUAUAAAUCAAGAUCAAAAAACGUUCAGUGUGAUACGCAUAAUUAUAAUUUUCAAUUAAGUGAUGUUCAAAUUUCGGACAGCGGGGAGUGGCUGUGUGAGGCAGAUGGAGAAGUGGCCAAAACACCGCUGCAAUUAGAUGUUUUAGUUCCACCCCUCUACCCGACAGUUACAAUUCCAUCACCGAUGAAGGUUGGAGACGUUGGAAAUUUCACCUGUAAUGCUGAAAAUGAAAACGUCACAAAACCAGUCACGUACACAUGGACUAAAAAUGGCAACACUGUCUCACCAGGGACUGUUGAACCUGGUGCCCUGCUUUUUUCGGUUCUCAAAAAGACAGAUGCUGGGACGUAUGUCUGUGUCGUAAGAAAUGUUGCCGGAUCUAAGGCAAGUGUGGAACAGGAUUUUGUUGUUCACUCUGCAUCUGAAUUUUUACAAAUCAAGACAACCACAGCGUCAAAUUCAAAAUCGGAAAAAGAAACAGAAACAUUCACAUGUGAAGCUAUUGCCGACAUUCCACUGACAUCGGUGAAUUUAAUACGCCAGAAUGGGACUACGAAUGAGACGCUGAUUGAGGCAAACAGUAGUGUUGUGACAUUUCGCCGACAAAUGAUGCGACAGGAUAACAAGGUGAAGUUCUAUUGCGAAGCGACUUGGCCAGGAAUUCCCAAUUCGUUGUCGUCGAAUGUCAUCACAUACAACGUAUCAUUUCCACAUAACGUUCAAGUCAAAAUCAGCAAGACGACUGUUACCGAACAUGAAUUUGUGCGUUUUGAGUGUAUCAUCAGUGGGGGUAAUCCCGAGUUCGUUACGCGGUACCAGUGGCUCUGGAAGAAGAGUGGCUCCACCGAAGAACAGGUCAUACAGGAUACGAAGACCGGAAAGUUAUUUCAGUUCGCGCGUAUCCCGUACUAUCAGAGUGGGACAUACUCUUGUAAGGCUUGGAACGAUGGUGGCGUGGGACAGUCGUCGACAGACCUUAGUGUACAAUACUCUCCAAGGAUAGACCCGGAAGCGAAAAUGAAAUAUGAUGUGGCGGGCGAAAUUGGCAAGGAGGCAAUGUUUAAACUGUUCAUCGUCGCAAACCCAACUCCAACUAAAACUGAUUACACCUGGUCCAAGGAUGGCAAUGUCAUAUCGAGAACAUCACCGGAUUAUGAAAUAACUUCCUGGUCAACAUCCAGCGAGUUGAAAAUCAAGGACGUCAAAUCCUUGGAUUAUACCAACUAUUCCUGUUCGGUUAAAACGAGUGCAUUCCAAGCCACGAUUUUCAACUUCAUGCUUAUCAAAGCAGUGUCCAACACAAAUGACUUAAGCAAUAGUGUGCCUAUAAAAACCACAAUUGUUGUAUAUUUUUGUGUCGGCUUCAUUGGCACAGUCAUAUUAGUGACAACAGUCGUCUUUUUGGCAGUUGCUCAAUGGAAACGUCGACUGAAACUGAAAUUGUCUAAAACAAUUAAUCGACCUGCAAAUGACAGUAAUGACGAUGCUGCAAGAAAUGAAUUGACACCAGUCAAGAAACGCCCUGAUCAUACAUACGCCAACAUUGACCCUGAUUUCUUUAAUGACGCAUCCUCUCGAUCAAGACGCACACCGGAUAAAUAUCCCGCACAGCCAAUGGUUAAAAGGCCGCCCGUUUCAGUUCGUUUUGAUGAGGAUAAAGAGCCCGCGUGCUCAGAAGAUAUCUUGGACGUCGAUUUAUAUGACUACGUAGACAAUGAGUGGCAGAGUAAUGCAUCGGGCUCAGAUUACAGCUCUGUUCCUGCUUGCCGUACGAGUCAGGUGACGUCGCCUCAGGUUGCCUCGGCACUGAUAAAUGUUCAUGUUCACCAGACGAAUCAACCGGAUGAGGACGGUCAACAGUCACUUUAUGAGCAUCUAAAACCAGUGUCCAAAAAUGAUUAUUUAGACUUCACGGGACUCAGUGCAGAAGAAUUGAGACCACGUGUUUUAUUUAAGGUAUAACGUUCUUUCUCUGACUCUUUUUAGUGUUAUGAAACCUUUGGAAGACCCCUCGAUUCAUGAGGCAAAUAACAUGGCAAGUUAAAGCGGGAACAAAUGUUUAUGCUGUUUCAUUAAAAUAUGCCAACGUAAAAGAAUGGUGUAUCCAGGCUGCUGUAUUGGUAGCAACAUAAUAUCAUUGGCAAGAACAUUUUACUCCAUAAUUCUCACCAUUCUAACCAUCGCGUGCCGAACAUCCACUCGUCAGCGAAAAAAAAGGGGAUAAAUUAGAAUGGUUUUAUCAAAAUCCAGUGAAUAUAUUCAACUGAAAUAUAUUUUUCCAGUAUUGAGUGUAUGCAGAUUUACACGAUGAUGAUGUGACAAAUGAAAAUAAUUUCCAUCCGCAAAUCUGCGCUAGGGAGCUGAAACCUUGGGACACCCUAAUCUGAGAGCCAAGAGCCAAGAGCCAAGACUCUAUUUAAGAGCCAAGUGCCACCAGGAAAGCCACGAGCAAAGAAAAAAUAUAGGCGAAUCAAUAUAAUUAUUAUUUUUGGGAGUACGAAGCCCGCAGGUACUUAUGAAUAACGUUUUUUUUAACCGUUGAUGACGUUGUAACCAUUUUUUAUCGUGCUAUCGUUACGUUGCCUGUACAACACGGUGUACAUUGUGCCUGCACUUCAUACACUCUGUACAAUCACACGUGUUUAUCAUCCGGGCCGUCAACAAUGGAUCCGGAUGGGGAUGUCAGCUUCGAGACGAAGAUUAGCAACAAGUUUGAAUGUUUACAUUGUUUAACUCAAAGAUGCGCGCCUUAGAGUUUUUAAUUCUAUGCUGUGGCUCGGUGCAGUUGAGGGACAAAAACGUUUUGAGCAUGCGCAAAAUAACUAUUCUGAUCUUCGGAUACAUCCUGACGUAACCAGUGCGUCUUUCACAGCCGGAUGCUGAAUUUAGCCCGUCCGCGUUGGCUGCGAAAGCUCGUUACAGGGCGGCCCAUAACAACUUAUUUGCCCUCUCUUGGGGACCAGAUUUAGAAAAGGGAAUUGAUAUCAUGUCACUCAAAAAUAUCAACAUUUAGAUGUAAAACAGUGUCCCUAUCGCAUAUCACACAUUGGGAAUAUGCAAGAUCUGAAAACACCACGCGUAACAACGAUACGGAUACGCAAUACGGGCAUGAAUUUUGAACUUGCCGAAAGUCCCUAAUACUGGAAGGGAGACGAGUUGGGGUGAUUAGCAUUAUCUAUUGAACAGGUGGGUGUAUGGCCAGGGGGUGGAGCAUGAUCUCCUGGCCUUCGGUAUCAAAUCAGGACGGAUGCUGCAUAUCGCAAGAAUCCGAACAUAAAUGAGAAUGUGUGCCUGCGUGAUGUUACACGUUGCUUCGAGUUGAUUUCACCGGGAUUGAAAGAAACUAAAAACAAUAGAUUACAACAAGCCUGUGGAGUUCUGACACUUACAUUGGAUACGCUAUUAGCGUUGUUCUCAUCCCCAUGGUAGGCACAAUGAUGUUGUCUUCUUCGGGGGUUUACUACUCCAUGGAUCCACUUCUAGUUUCCUCUUAUUCUGUGAUGAAAUAGAUGUAGGCUCGUUUUAUCGUUGUCUGCAUGUGCUCUGUAGAUUUAGGUACAUGUAGAUGAUAUCAUCGUGGCAGAGCCAGCACAGCAGGAUGCAAGAUCUCGCAAUCCCCGCAGACCAGAAAUUGAUUGAUUAAGAUUACAAAACAAGUUUCUCUCAACGCCUUCCCCAGCAGUCAAAGGGAAAACAUCGUUGAUGAUUUCUUAUCGCUGAAAAUUUCUUUAGUGCUGAUAAGCCGUAAUUUUGACAAAUAUUAUAGUUUUUACUUGUACUAUUUUCAGCAUAAUUAGCACUCCGCACGACUUUUUAUUACAUGAGUUGCGUUUCUUUCAAUAUCUGAG